AUGAAGGUCUUCCGUCGGCUUGGCACGAGUCUGGCGAACCAUCGGGCAUCUCUGUCCUCAGAACUGGGUUCACUCUGGGACUUCUUCCGCAUCGACCGUGAGAGGAGGCGAUCCGCACCCGCAACCUCCGCAUUCGAGCACCAGAUCCCGCCAGUAGACACCAAAUCACCCGCAAAACUGGCCAGGGAUUUGCUCCAAGUUGUUCAGGACACGGUUUUCUCGAGAAAGUUCGAAGAGAAACGAUGCCCAUUGGUCAAGGAAGAAUCUGACUUGAGUUCUGACGAUGAAGACGGAACGGAGCGGAGAAUAGCUAACCUGAUUGAUUUCUUCUUCACGAUAGUCAAAAGUCAAAAGGAGGAAAGAAAAGGUAGCGGUGGAAGUUGUUUCAAAAGCGAAGCCAGCCCGGAAGAUACAAAUAACGUAUACGUGCCAACAAAAGUUAAUACAGAGUUAGAGAGAAAGAUGGAGACCCUUAUAGAGUUUUUAGCGACAACAGGCUGUGUUGAUGAUAAUAACGAAGAAAAGAAAAUCACUUUAAUGGAGUUUUUGUUCGGGACAGAGGAAAGGAAGUUGGAGAAUCCCACCAUAGAAAUAAACGCGAGGGGUAUAAGUCUAUCCGAAUCUAAUGUUAAUGUUAAAAACUUAACGUUCAUAGAUGAAACGCCCGGAGACGAAGGAAACGACACUCUAGUUGAAAUGUUAUUAAAAUACAUGGAAGAUUACGGCGGACAGGAGAAGGAGGAAGCUCCUAAAUCUCUGUCAGUUACUCCAUCGCUAUCAGAAAAAUCGAAAUCGGACAUGACAAUAAGCAAAUUUGAAACGAUAAGUGACAUAAGCAAAACUAAAUCGGACUCAACAUUGACGCAUACACAAGACACUGUAAUAGAUAGAGGUGAAAAUUCCGAGAGGAGAAUCUCUGAAACAGUUAUAGAUUUGAGUUGCAUUAAAUCUGAUCUCGAAGAGAUCUUCGAGGAAGCAAUCUUAAGAGUUUACGAACUGAAUAUGAUGUUUGAAGACGAUACUAUGAGUGAACAAGAGGACAUCGAAAACUUUAAUUCGUAUACACAGCCUCCCAAACUAAAUUAUAGUCAAGGACAACCAUAUAGUGUAGAGCUAUCCGAUAUAAUAGAAGAAGAUGAACCCGAAGCUUCUUCUCCAGGUCUGGAUAACAACAUGGAUCAAAUUAGACAAUGUGCCGAAGAAUUAGUACAAUACAUAGAAAAUAAGAUUAAAGAUUAUCCAUUCGACGACAGUUCCGGCCCAUCAACGGAGGAAUACAGUCGCGAAUUCGAUUUGAGUCCAAGUUUAAAAUCAGUCAGUUUAGUAGACUUGAGGAACAUACCGGAUCUUCCGCCGAGUACUAUAACGAAGCCUAAAGUUUUGAGAGUAGAUAAAUCGACAUCUACAACGGAAAUAUCAGAAUCUAUAUCAGAGAUGUGCAGGCGAAUAGAUUCUGCGUGCAUGACUGAUGAUACGACAUUAACGUCCAGCUCGGAAAGAAAUGAAAGGGCGUUGGACAAAUUGGAAUCUUUGCAUCGUUUCUUCUCGAGAUCACGAUUGGAAAUAAUCGAUGAGAGUUUAGAAGAAAAUGGCGAGAAGGUCAAAAGUGCGAAAGAGGAUAAAACCUCAAAUGUUGAAGUUCUUAAAGGUGAUAUGACAGAGUAUAAAAAAGGACAAGCCAGUUUAGACGACGUUGAAGAUCUGCUAGAUGAUAAUGAUAAGACGGAGAGAGAUUUGGACAAAAUGGAAGAUAUUAGUGACGUUACUGAGGAAUAAAUGUAAAUAUAUGAAUAUUUUAUAACCAUAUAACUUUAGCUAGCACUGGGUGACACUUUCUUGCUCAGUAGAGACGUGCGUAUCCGUUUUUUAUACACAUUGAUAAAUUGAUACAAGUCCUGUAUUUAGAUUAUCGAUAUCGGCCUCCGAUAUCAGAAGUACAGUUUGCUACCGAUACCAUCAGAGGUACAUUAUUCAUGGUAUAUCUAUAUCCUGUAUAUUUUGAUCCAACGUAUGACCAUUUAUUUAUGUUUUGAUACUAUAAAUUACUAUUCUGGCACGCUUCGAUUGUGCAGGAAAAUGUUCUGGUGUUCGAAACUCAUACUAACAUUUUAAUAUGAUGUGAGCAUACCUUAUACGUACAAAAGACUACGAUUUAUUAUUGACGUCAAUUUAUGACAAACGAGAGGUCAAUGCUAAAUUGACAGGACUAAGAAGUGUAAUUCCUUUACCAUAAAGGCGAUUUCUUUCAGUUUAGUAAUACAUUAGCGUUUAUUUUUUUUAUUUUUUUUAGUGGAAUUUCAUGAGAAGCUGCGUUAGGAAGAAGUUUUUAUAGUACCUACACUUUUUUUUUUUUACUAAAUUUAUAAAAAAAGUUUUAAUGAUUAAAAAUAUUUCUCUGAAUAGGUACUAAAGAGGGCAUCAUAUCAACACAGCAUAUACCG